AUAAAAUUGACUUUUGAAAAAAAGUCUAAAGAAAUAUUUCUUUUAUGGACGAAACAAUCGACUCAACGCAUUCUUUUCAAGUGGCGGUGGAUUGUUUGCACGACUAUGGUGAAUCAAUGGAUAUUUUUGUUAAAAUUAAGAUUGCUUCUCACGAUAACACGGCGACCUUUCACUUUCUUGUUAACCAAGGUUUUAUGUCUCACCUAGUAAAAGAAAACCCUUCUAUCAAAACUUCAGAUGACCUUGAGUCAAAUGAGUUGAACGGAUAUUAUGACGCAAUAGAUGCAGUGUUAUUAUGCGGAGCAACACUCUCUGAAAUCGGAGGUCUUGUCUUAUUUAUGUUAAAGUAUCCCAAUGUUCAAGUUAUAUGUACCGAUGCUACAUUAGUGUUUAGCAAACUAAUAUUAUAUGAUCAACUUAUUCAUAUAAAAACUGAACAAUAUUUUACUAGUGAUUUCAGCUCAAGUCAAAAUACGACCAGCGCGUUACUCUCAACCUGUAUCACGUUUCCUAACAUUUCUACAGUGUUAGAAAAAGUGAAACGCGUUGCAUAUUAUGAACAUAUUCGGUUUCCAUCUUUUAAAGACAAGGAGACUUCAAGCUGUAAAUCGAACAAUGGAAUUACCAUACAAGCAGUGCCAUCUGGUCAAAUUUUCGGUUCAUGCGCGUGGUAUAUCACGGGUGAAGGCGAGUAUAGUACAGCGUUAAUAUCGACCAAUUUAACAAUGCAACCUCAUUGGUUUUUUGAUGGAUUUGACCCACGACGUCUCACCAGGCCUCUUUCGAUUUUGGUAACAAAAUUGUCAUCUAUAGGAACGACUAUGACAGAGAGUAUGGAUUUAUCUGAGCAUUUGGACAAGGUGAAAAACAAGAAUAUGUCAUCUUGUGAUAAUAAUUCACACACACCCUCACGCAAUUUAAAAAAAAGAACGGAACUUAUCAAUGUCGCUUUAGAGAUAAUGCAGAAAACACUUGAAAAUGGCGGUUCUGUUUUUAUUCCUGUCAAUGUCGGUUUAGACACACUUAUUCUUCUAACAAUUUUCCAAUUCUCUUUCAAAUCGUUUUUCAAGGCGUACCCUAUUUUUUUUCUUUCACCCACAGGGGACUUAAUAUUAAACUACGCUCGAACUAUGCUUAAUUGGAUGUCUUCAAAAGUGAAAAAUGAUUUUUGUGAUACGCGAAAAAAUUUAUUUGAUUCCUUCCCGUUUAUUCAAUUUGUUACGUCUGUUGAUGCUAUUCCCUUUAACGAUACUAUUAGUUGUAUCGUUAUCUCAACACCUAGUCAUUUCGAUUCUGGCAAACUUUUUUCUUUGAAUGCUUGGACAAAAAUGUGUCACAACCCAAAGUCAUGUAUUUUAUUUUUUAAGGAGCCCUCUGCUACCGAUCUAGAAUAUACGCAUCUUCAUAAUUUUCUCAAUUUUCAAUACACUCAAAUUUGCCAUAAAUCAGCUGAAUUAGAGAUACCCAACACUACUACAACGGUUCAUUCGGACCGAACUUUCUCUUCUUUUCAAAAUAAAACGACCAAGGACGAUCCAUUAAAAGAUUCAUUCGUUUCUUCAGACCUUCUUUUAAAAGAGUCCAAUAGCGAACAAGUAGCGGAGGCCGACGAGUACGGGCUUCUUUUAAAUCAUGAAUUAGAUGACUGGGCUGAUUUAUGCAUGCCAACUUGCGUUCAUGACAAUGAACUAUUUGAUAGUAACCACUCAACUUUUCCAAACUCUUGUGUUACACCUUCCACGCUCCUUUCUUCAAAUUAUCCAUCAGAAAAAAACGCGCACAACGUCCAUCAAUCAAUUGAAGAAACCGACAGAUUAUCCUCCUUGUUUCAUUGGCAAACUAUAUUGGAGAAAUUAUCUUCGGACAAUGCAUUGGAUCCUCAAAACAUCAAAACCACACAAGUGCAGGUUCGCGCGUCACGUCAUAUUCUUCUUGGCCUUUUAGAUCAUGGAAUGGAUGAUACAUUGCUAAAUGUAAACGCUCUAACAGAUUUUCUUCUACCUAUAAUUUUUUUACAUCCAAAGCAUUUAAUUAUUUUAUAUAAUUCUAUCAACUUUUUAUUCUUCGAAUCUUUUCUCCACAGCUGCCUUAAACCAUACUACCCUGAGAAACUAUCAAUACAACUAUGCGGUCUUUAUAAACCUUUCACUGUAGAACAAGCAUUGCUUGAUAAAAAACUAUGGGAUAAUUUGAUAUUAAAGUCAUUUAGUAAAGUGAAUAUUCAAUGGAAUGAAUUAAUUAUUGACAUUCAAGAAGAUUUCUUUUCUAAUUUUUUUAAAGACCACCAAAAAUCAACUAUUUCUUCAGACCUCAACUUUACAAGAGCACUUAACACGACACCCUUUUGUAAAUUACAUCACAGUAAUUCAGUAACACAACCCAAAUCACGUUUCUCACAGGGCAUCAUUUCUCUCGCGUAUGUUCCUUUACAACUGGAUAUGUGGCCUUUUACUUGUGGUUUAGAGAAUAACAUAAAGAAAACGAAAGAGGGAAAUUCUAAUGAUGAAAAGAAACAUUUGGAAUUACGUGUUGCGCCAUCAGCAAUUAAUACAAUGCACACAGUUUCUUGCACUGGCUAUAAUACGAUUCUUGGAACGCAAAGUAUUAGCCAAUGGAUUCUAUUUGGGCACACUACAUCUUCAAUGUUUCUUAAAUGCUUAACAAAACAUUUCGAACCGCAUGCUAUAUGCCUUCUUCCAAAUGAAAUUAUUAUUCAAAAUAAAGUUUCAAUUCGUUUUAUGCAUCAAGGAAAGUAUCAGAGUAUUUAUCUUACUGGGGGAAUUGAUCUUGCAACCGUUUGGAUCAAACAGUGUCUUCAUUCAUUAUUUCAGCAAACUGGAAGUUUAUUUUACGCUCCGUAAUAGUAUAUUGUUUUCUACUUAUUAUUUUUCUUUUCAUGUUUUCUAUUUUAUUAUGUUUCGUACACUACAAUGGUUUGACACAAACACUUCACGACGUUUUCAAACGAACGAUUGAACAAAACAAAAUUAUUUAAACAUAGCAAGUUCUACUCUGCGUGAAGAGUAUUAUAAAAGUCUAGUAUGAAAAAAAAAAUCUUUCAUCAUUUUCUUAUUAAAGGUGGACUACAAUUCUCUUAUAGCGUUUCAUGAUUAAGCCUUACAAACAGAAACCUCACAGACGCUUUGACAAUUUCUUGCUGUACCUUUUUAAAUUCAUCCAUGUAGAAAAAUGCUAUUAGUAUAAAUCGCAACGAGUUACCUUUCUUCAGUUUUUUUUUUUCUUCAUA